UAUAAACUUAGCUUGAAAAAACCUUGAUUCAUUCCAAAAAUGAGAUUUGCCGUAAUUGCUUCUCUGCCAGCCCUCUUGGGACUUGCAGCUGCCCAUGUGAACACAUUUCUUGACUUGUGCCUGAAGCAUGACGUGAAGGUAUCAUGUGCGCCAGCAUGUCCCCGAAUCUGUAUGAAUAACUACCAGGUCAGAAAGUGCCGACCAGCCAAGUGUAAGCCCGGCUGUGCCUGCGCCGAGGGCUGGGUGCGGAAGGACACAAUUACUGGGCCGUGCAUUCAACGGAGCGAAUGUAAACGAUGGAUUCUAUGAAUGCUUUCAAGUGAUGGCGAAUUACAAGCCCAAAUCUGAAUAAUUCUCUGUUGACUAGUUUGCUAUUUCAAAUAUAAAAGAUUGCAAGUUAAGCAACAAAAUGCUCUUUUGUACCCUGAACUUGUUGCAAAUAUAUAAAAAGAGUUUAAA